GGCGCUCCGCGACCAUCUUCGUUUUGCUCGUCAUUUCCGCUUACGUUUUCUCUUUGCGUGACCGCGGAGGAAAACCCGGAAAAGAGGAAUCAUAAAACGAGCUACCGGAGACCGUACGGCGGCAGUUUGCCAGACGAUCGUUUGGUGAUAGAGACUGCGGUUGUGCCCUAUACGUUUGGUGCUUCUAGAUACGCGAAGCUGCUGAAUUGGGUUGUCCGCGUGCGGAGCCGAUGCUAACAACAACGAAACCAACAAAAGUGGCAAGAGAAGAAAGAAGGGAAGAAGGAACGGAGGCGGACUCAUGUGUAUGCUAACGCACUAGUGCUGCGUGAGCCGUCGUCUCCUUUUACUGUGCCAGACAGCGGCAACAGCGUCCCUGGCCGGCGAUCAUCGGAUGCGAGGGCCUUCUCCUCUGUGGAUGCGUCAAGUGUGGCGAGCUUCUUUGCCGCCUCUUCUCAACUAGCGGUCCCUUGUCGCGCCAUCACGGCUUUUAUUAUCGAUAUGAACAUCACGACGUGUUUUUUUUGUUUGUGGUGGUAGUGUUUUCUCGUUGAGAGGCAGAGGAAGACGGAGGAGGAGGAGAGAGCUGACAGCGCCACGCUGAAACACGCGUGGAAGUCACGGAGGAGCGACGCACUCACACCAUCAUCUCUCUGCUUCUUCUAUUCCCCCUUUCUUUCUUUUGAAGAGCUUUCUUACGUUACUGGCCCGGCUACGACAGCAUUCGCUUGCCCUUUUCCUUUGUACGUACGUCCACACUCGCUCCUUUAUCAUCGCCCUAUCCUUUACCGCUCUACGCAGCCGGCUUCCACACCACGAAGGGAACAGGAACUCCCCUCCCUUCCCCUCCCCCCCCCCUCUUCUUCCCCUGCCCUGCCACUCAUCUGUUGCACGCUUACCACAGGUUUUAUCCAUUUCUUUUCUUUCUGUUCUUCUAAAUCGUUCUCAACAUGUCCGUCCUCACGAGCAACGCUGCCGGCGCCCGCAGCACCUUCGACGCCUCGCUCGUCAAAGGUGAGUUCAAUCAAUACUGGUACUCGCAAAACACCAUCGACGCCUUGGUGCACGAGGUGGCCCACCACGCGACGGCCUGCGCCUUCCUGUCGACCCCAUCCCUCUUCUUCGCUCUGGACAGGCGGCGCGGCGAUGAAAGCACUGAGGAGGAGACGCGCCUGCUCGAGCUGCGACGGCGGAGUCGACUGUUUGAGUACGACGCACAGUGGGCGAGCGAUGCGUGCUACGUGGUGUACGACUUCCACCAGCCAGAGCAGGUGCCGAUCCAGUACAUGGCUGCCUUCGACUACGUCGUGGCGGACCCUCCCUUCAUCACCCGCGACGUGUGGGAGCGCUACGCGGCGACGGUGAAGCUGCUGCUAAAGGAGGGCGGGAAAUUGCUCUUCACCACCGUGCUAGAGAACCACACGACGCUGGAGAACUUGAUGGACCGCCCGCUCUUCAUCGCGGCAUUCUACCCGCUGGUCGAGCACCUCACGUACCAGUACGUGUGCUUCCUUUCCUACGAGCCGACCGUGCUGUCGCGGCCGAACCCAGAGGUGCAGGAGACCGAUCCCAAGACGAUCGCUGCGAUUCGAAUGGCGAACGACCUGCGCUCGUCGGAGAAGGAGUUCGCCUUGCAGAUGGCGACGCGGAGGCGCGAGGGCGAGACGCGGCUGCCGACCGCUGCCUACGAGCGCGAUGUGCAGCUGGCACAGGACCCGCUGCUGCGACAACAAGCAGAGGCGGAGCAGCGGCAGGGCGUGGACUGGGACUCCAUCCCUAUUGAAAAAAUGGAGUGGGGUCACAUCCCUGAGGGAUUGACGAUGUACCCGGAGGGCAACGUGCCGCAUCCCUCCGCACUGGCAGACGAUAACGCCGUCGCGGAUGCCGCCGCUGUAGGCGCAGCACCCAAGUCAUUUGGAGCGGCGUACGACGCGUGUGUGGCGCUGCGCACCGAUCUGGACACGUUUAAAGGUUUUAUCGACACGAUGCAACGACACAUGGACUCCCAGAUGAAGCUGCGGCGGCAGCGCGUAAAGCUGACGAAGGAACGGACGGCGCUGAAGGAGGCGCAGCAGCAGCAGCAGCAAGGACAGGGCACCAACGCGGUAGUCAGCAGCGGCAGUAACAGCGUCGCGGAGGACGGUGCGGUGGUGUCGGCGUUGGAUGCGCAGAUCGCCGAGGUGAGCGCCGCCAUCAUCGCCAACGAGGCGGACCGGACAGCGAAGGUGGACGCCAUGGCGCUGCUGGCCGGCCGCAUUGAGCAGGGAGAGCACACCCUGACUUCACUGACGGCACCACCGUCGUCAUCGUCGUCUACCACGAUCGAGAAGGAGGUGCCCUACGCGGCCGCCAUGACCGACUGCAUCGCUGCCUAUCGCACCGUGGAGGCGAAGAAGGUGCCGCUGCAGGAGCUGGCGGCCGAUGCAACGGGCCGCUUCAAGUUCCCCAUCUUCGCGCGCAUGAAGGAGCUCCUGCAGCGCAUCAAGGAGCUGAAGCAGCAGCAGCAGCAGCAGUGA